UCUCUACAACCGUCUCAAAUACCAUCUUCUCAAACCCAUGGUUCGACCUUAGAACUCAACAAGCCCUCAUCCAUUCUUUCCCACAGUCUUCAAUCCCUGUCGUAUUGCUUUGUUUCAACAUUGUAGCUCUUUUAAACAGGGAAUGGUGGAGCCAGAGAGAGAUAAGGUGAGGCCCCCAUGGCUCUACCCCCUCCUUCGCACCACCUUCUUCCUCCCUUGCAAGCACCACACCAACUCUAACAAGAAGGAAUGCAACAUGUACUGCUUGGACUGCACCAAUGGCGCCAUGUGCUCAUCUUGCCUCAUCUACCACGGUGGUCAUCGUUCCAUCCAAAUACGGCGAUCAUCCUACCACGAUGUGAUCAGAGUGGCAGAGAUCAACAAGUUCUUGGACUUGUCAGGGGUGCAGACAUACAUCAUCAAUGGUGCAAAGGUUGUGUUCUUGAACGAGCGGCCACGGCCAGGGAUCGGGAAAGGCGUGACCAACACUUGUCAUCACUGUAAAAGGAGUCUCCUCGAUGCUUUCACCUUCUGCUCUCUGGGGUGCAAGUUGGCAAGAACUUCUUCAAAUGCAACAAAUUUUAAUGAGAGGCAAAUGUCAACUGAAUCAAACAUUGGGGAUGAUUCAAACAAGCAAGCAGAAUGUUCAUAUAAUGACAACUUCCCACUUGAUUGCAUGUCACCACCAACACCACCUUCCACCAUGGUGACAAACAGGAUGGCAAAGAGGAGGAAGGGAAUUCCUCAUCGAGCUCCAAUGGGAGUUUGCUGAGAUGUUAUUCAAGCCAGAUCCAUCCUUUUGUAUGAAAAAUAAACUACUACUUGUUUUUGGCAGUGUUCUAUUGAGAUUUGUUGAGAGGCAACAGAGUCUCCUUGUCAUGGUAGUAUGAAGGUCCCUAUCAAAUGUACAAGAUGGUGCUGUAUCAAGAAUUU